AUGCAUGGUUGUAGCAUUAUGCCGGAUGGAUGGACAGAUCGAGAGAAGUUGUUUGAGCUACUUGAUUCGCUUGUCGAUGAGAUCGGUGAAGAACAUGUUGUCCAAGUGGUAACGGACAAUGGGAGCAAUCAUGUAGCCACGGGAAAAAUGUUGAUGGAGAAGAGAAGACAUCUUUACUGGACUUCGUGUGCAGCACACUGCAUUGGUCUCAUGCUAGAAGAUAUUGGUAAGAUUCCUUUGGUUAAGAAUACCAUUCGAAGGGAUGUAGCUCUUGUGGGCUAUAUUUAUAGCCACACUUUUACCUUGAGUUUGUUGAGAAGUUUUACAAAGAAGAAGGAAUUGAUGAGGCCAGCUAUUACCCGUUUUGCUACCUCCUUUCUUUCAUUAGAAAGGAUUCACAAGCAAAAAGACAACCUUAGAAAGAUGUUUACUUGCGACGAAUGGGUGCAAAACAAACUGUCUAAGGAUGCUAAAGAAAGAGAAGCAACUAAAACAGUCAUGAUGCCUUCUUUUUGGAGGCACGUGGUAUUCAUUCUCAAAGUCAUGGCUCCCCUUGUACGAGUUCUUCGAUUGGUGGAUAGUGAAAAGAAACCAGCAAUGGGCUACAUUUAUGAGGCAAUGGAGACGGCGAAAGAAACCAUUAUGAAAUCUUUCAGCAACAAUGAACAAAGAUAUGCAAAUAUUUUUAAGAUCAUUGAUGAUAGAUGGAAUUAUCAGCUCCACAGGCCGCUCCAUGCAGCUGGACACAUUUUAAAUCCGGACAUCUUUUAUGAAAAUAAGAGAUUGGAAUUUGACCGUGAGGUUACUAAUAGAUUUAUAUGA